AGUUUGAAAGUUAGGUAUCGAUUCUAGUCCAAGCUUUUUUGACAAGUAAACAACGUAAAUCGUACGUGAAUUGUCUUGUCAGAUUUAAACUUUUUGGGUCGAAAAAUGGUUCCGGGUAAAGGUAAUAUCUCCAAAGGAAAAGGAGCUACAAAUGUCAAAGGUUCAACGUCAGCCACAAAAGUCAAAAGGGAAAGAGUUUCAGAACCUGAGGAUUCAGAUGAAGAAGUUACUCUAGCUGAUGUCCGAGCUGUCGACUAUGGAAAGGUUUUACCUCGUUUCACAUCCAUUACGACUAGAUCAGAAGAAGGGGGUGUUAUGAUGGAUGAUUUGGACACCUUACAAAUGGAACUAGAAACACUACUCAAUUGUGUUGUUUUGCGUUCCUUAAAUUUACAGAGAGAAAUUGCAGGAAUGACUGAAAAGCCUCCAUCUCCUGGAAAACGAUCAAAACAAGAAGAGCGUUCACCUAAAAAGUUCAAAGAUCAACCAGGAAAGCUUAGAGAUGCACACACACCUCCACUUUUAAAGCAGAUGAAAAUUAAAUCUGCUCUAGCUAAGCCUAUCCCACCAGAAGGAGUUGUUGAGGAAAUGCCUCCUUUAGAAUUAAUGAAGACAUCAACUGCCAAAAAUGAUACACCAAACAAAUUUUGGGCUUCUGUAGAACCAUACUGUGCUCUUUUUACAGAUGAUGAUUUAAAGCUAGUAGAAGAACUAAUCUCAACUCAUAAUGAGGAUGAAGAAUACCUCAAAAUUCCUCCUCUCGGUCGCCACUAUACACUUCGGUGGGCAGAAGAUGAUUUACUUCAGGAGCAAAGAGAGGGCUCUCGUUUCGGCGAGAAAAAGAAGAUUACCUCUGGAUCUUCUGUAGGAACAGAAGAGGCUCAAAGAUUAAUGGACACAGCAGCUAAAAACAAUGCUGAAACAAAUACUACAUCUGCGACGGGGAUGUGUGGACCUAUGACCCAGCGUCUCAUUUCAGCUCUUUUAGAAGAAAAUAUUGUAACUUCUGUGCAGGACACAAUGGAAUCAGAAGGGCAAGACGAAAACGCGAAAUCUACUGGCACGAAGGCAGCAAUGAAUGGACCUCAAGCUGCUGCACUUGAACGUCGUAUUCGUCAAGAGUUAGAAGAACAAGGCAUUUUAACUUCCGAAGAAGCCAACGUUAAUUCGGCCGAUGAUGAAAUAUUGACGGAGUUACGUCGAUGCCAAGGAGAAUUGAGGGCCAUUUCACUGCACAACUUGAAACAACUGAAACGACUGUACCGCCUCAGUCAAGAAGAAAUGAAACGUCAGGAAAUACGGAAAAAAUUGAUUGCAGCGGACGCUGAGGUAUUAGACGUAUAUCGUAAAAUGGCUGCCGCUAAACAAAAAAAACGCCCGUUAAGCAAAAAAGAAAAAGAUCAGAUGUGGAAAAUACUUCGUGAUCGUGAAGCGAUUGUCAAACAGCUGGACACGGGAACGACUAGUAUGUAAAUAUUUUUUCAAACAAUACAAGACGUGUGUGAUGAAGAUGAACUAAGAUGGUUAAUUGAACUUUGCAUAACAAUAUAAACUUUUAACAAG